AUGUCACCCCGCAGUCAAGCAGCCGGCAUUAGGAGGAGAGGAGGGGGGCGAAGAGAACACGGGGCACAAGAACUAAGUAAGAGACGCUAUAUAAUAUAUACAUAUUCCUUUAUUUAUAGAUCAGAAGUGCUUCAGCCCUCACUAGUAACAAGCCCCGCUGCAACCUCCUCACCUGCAACACAAGGCAACGAGCAGCUUCGGGUUCUCUAUAUAUAAUAUAUAUGUUUAUUUUUCUUUCCACUUGUACAAUUGUGUAGUCAGAGUAUAUGGAGUGUAUGAGCCAGUAAUAUAUAUAGGGAGAGUUCUAGGAGAAUAGACAGUCGGUGUAUGUGAGGCAAUAUCUCUGAGACAAGAGUCAGACGCAGCCGGUAGAUGGGGGAUUACGGCUUCGGGUUACUACAGGCGGCCAGUGUCUCCUCCAGCAGCGGCGGGGGCAGCCUGUUUGGCGGAGGGACGUUCAGAGGCAGCUCCGGGCAGUUCCCGUCCUCCUCCUCGUCGGGCAGCGGCCUGUUCCUGUCGGCCGGGUAUCAGCAGGUGAUGCAGGAUGAGCUUCUGUUGGGGGUGAGCUGUGGCCCGGGGAACAAGCACAGUAAGAGCGGCCCGAGCCGAGUCUCCCCGCCUGCUCUGCUGCUGCUACAGGAACCGGCCAAGAGGAAGGACUUCAGCCUCCAGGAGGGGGACGCGUUUAGGGAGGAGCUGAAGAAGCCGCAGCCCGGGGAGAUGAAUCAGCAGCCCAGUACUUACCAGAGACACGGAUCCCCGGCGGCAGCAGCAGAGGAACUAGAGAGUCCGGACAAGAACCUGCCUGGCUCCCCCUCCUCCUCCAGCUCCUGCUCGGCCGACGAAGCGCUUGUGGGGGAGUCUCAUGCGGCAACGUCCCCUCCUGCUCUGUCUCAGCAGCACCUGCCGGCCAAGGGCAAGCUCAGUAUGGAGUCACACGGGGGGCACCUCCCCAACCUGUUGGGGGGCCCUUACCCCGGAUCCCCAGAAUUAGCUCCGACCCCCGGGGGAUCCCCCCCUGCCCUGCCCGGCUUUGCUACUCCCUGGUCUGUACAGACUUCGUCUCCUCCCCCGCCGCCCCCAGCACUGCCCCAACAGCAGCACCAACAGCCGACUGUACCGCACCCUGCCGACCCCGACCCCUUCUACCCGGGCAUCCCCUCCUCCAUCAACCCCGCCUUCUUCCAGAGCUUCUCUGCCAACCCCUGCCCAGCAAUCAACGUGCCCGGAUACAACAGCCCCUUCUCGGCUCAGAUCAACAUCCCCCAACAACAGCAGAGCCGGAGAUCCCCUGUCAGCCCCCAGCUCAACCCCCAGCACCACCAACACCACCAGACUGCAGCCUUCCUCCAGCACAGGAACAGCUACAACCACCACCAGCCACUUGUUAAACAGUCCCCGUGGGGUGGCCAUCAAAGCAGUGGUUGGAGCACUGGCAACAUGUCCUGGGGUGGAGUACAUGCUAGAGAUCAUCGCCGCACCCCCAACAUGGGAAUGCCUGGCACCAUGAACCAAAUCUCCCCUCUGAAGAAGCCCUAUUCUGGAAAUGUCAUCGCACCACCCAAGUUCACUCGUUCCACUCCAUCGCUGACACCCAAAUCUUGGAUUGAAGACAACGUUUUUAGAACGGACAACAAUAGCAACACUCUCUUACCCUUACAGGUAAGAAUGGAUCGUGGCCGAAUGUAUGACAGCUUGAAUAUGCACUCGCUGGAAAAUUCCCUCAUUGAAAUAAUGAGAGCCGAACACGAUCCCCUCAAGGGUCGCUUCAGCUAUCCCCAUCCUGGGACUGACAGCCUUCUUAUGUUAAAUGCAAGGAGUUAUGGGAGAAGACGAGGACGCUCUUCCCUGUUCCCUUUAGACGAUGGAUUGCUGGAUGAUGGACAUAAUGACCAAGUUGGGGUUCUGAAUUCUCCCAAUUGCUAUUCUGGACACCAGAAUGGGGAGCAUAUUGAGCGCUUUUCAAGGAAGGUGUUUGUUGGGGGCCUUCCACCAGAUAUUGAUGAAGAUGAGAUCACCGCCAGUUUCAGACGUUUUGGCCCCUUAGUGGUUGAUUGGCCCCAUAAAGCUGAAAGCAAAUCCUACUUUCCACCUAAAGGUUAUGCGUUCCUUCUUUUCCAAGAGGAAAGUUCCGUUCAGGCAUUGAUUGAUGCUUGCAUUGAAGAAGAUGGAAAACUCUAUUUGUGUGUUUCAAGCCCUACCAUCAAGGACAAGCCAGUUCAGAUUCGACCCUGGAACUUGGGUGACAGCGACUUUGUGAUGGACGGUUCGCAGCCUCUUGAUCCCCGGAAGACCAUAUUUGUUGGAGGUGUUCCCCGACCAUUGAGAGCUGUGGAACUAGCUAUGAUCAUGGAUCGCCUCUAUGGAGGAGUUUGUUAUGCGGGAAUUGAUACAGAUCCAGAGCUGAAGUAUCCCAAGGGAGCUGGGCGGGUUGCAUUCUCCAAUCAGCAGAGUUACAUUGCAGCCAUCAGUGCUCGAUUUGUUCAACUUCAACACGGUGACAUUGAUAAAAGAGUGGAGGUGAAGCCAUACGUGUUGGAUGAUCAGCUGUGUGAUGAAUGCCAGGGGGCCCGCUGCGGUGGAAAGUUUGCUCCAUUUUUUUGUGCCAAUGUCACUUGCCUGCAGUAUUAUUGUGAGUUCUGCUGGGCAAAUAUCCACUCUCGUGCCGGCCGGGAAUUCCACAAGCCACUGGUGAAGGAAGGAGCUGACCGGCCUCGUCAGAUCCACUUCCGCUGGAAUUAAGCAUCGUUUUGCCCACUUCUAACUGAGAAAAGGGUGCAUGCGGCUUACUGGUUUUGACAAUAUUUAAGUGCAGAAGAAAUAAGUGCAUUCUUUUGCUCCCCCCCCCCCCCAAGCCCUCAAUACAUGCGUUGUUAUCAGCAGCCAAAACACUAAGCCUCUUGUUUUUCACCAAAACCCUACAUCUCAGGCUUUCUAAUUUUUUGUGAUAUUUUUCAUGUCAAAAUUUUUUUUAUAUAUAUAUUUUUUUCCCAAGUUCUUUUUUUAUAUGUAAUGCUAAACUAGAUAUGGGGAAUGUUUUUUUUUGCAUAGGGGGCAGUCUGCUGCUAUAUUUAUGGGUGAAGCGUGCACUUAUUUCUACACAUGGGUUUUUAACUUCAAGAUCAGCCCCAGUAAUUUACCAAAGGUAGCAAAUAAAUAGUGAAAAUGGAAUAUGUCUGCUACUAAAAAAAAAAAGCUUAUUUUUUAUCGUUGCUAUUUUCAGUGUGUAUGUAAAGUUUAGAAGAAAACAUAUUAGGGUUGAUUUUUUUCUGCUCUCCAUUUUGACUUGCAAGAAAAUAAUACCUCAAGAUAAUUUGAUUUAUUAGCUAUUUUUAAAACCUUUUUAAUCAUAAGCUGUAUAAGCUUUGCUGCUAUAUAGGUGUUGUGUGUAAUGCCACGUAUUAAUACAGGAUUCGAAACGUUUUCAGAUAACUGCAUUGCAGAUAAAAUGCAGCACAAUAUGGCCUAGAGUGCCAUCGUUUUAGAAUGUGAAUUAUGCAUGUUUACCUACGUGUCUACACCAUAUGCAUGCACUAGAACAAUUAAUUAACCACAGAUACGGUAUUGCAGAAAAAAAAAAACUAGGUACAAGUAGCAUGAGUAAAUUAAAAAAAAAAAGCAUAUUUGCAUGCAUUAUUGUGACCAACGUAAGAAAAGAAAAAAAAAUGUGUACAAUAUGCAAAUAUAUUAGUUUUAGAUCCGUAAGUGCAGCCAUUUUUGUGUCCUGGUCCGUAGCGGACUUCAAUUUUUCGAAAAGAUCGGAUGUUAAUAUCGUAAUCCCAGUGCAAUUGUUGUGGCGUGCAGUUCUGAUGCUUGUGACGUCAUGUAGCCUAAAUAAAAGGAAAAAAAAGCAACCACAAAAAAAAAA